AUGCGUUUGAUUCUUCCUCUCGAUUUAUUUUAUGCUUUAUUUUAUUCUUUUUACAUUGUAUUUGCUAUUAUUCUUCGAGCAUAUAAAUCUUCAAUGCCAAUUACCCAAUAUAUUUUAUUUUAUAAUGUUGAUGAUACGUUUUUAAUUGUACAUACUGCUGUUACAUUAAUUGUUUAUAUCAGCUUUGUUAAUUAUAUCAAAAGAUAUAGACGUAGGCUUGCAAAAAAUAGGUUGGCACAAGAAGAGGCUAAAUUACAUUUUAAACAAUUACAAGAGAUUUGGAAAUAA